ACGUGGGACAAAAAAAGAGACCGACCCCAAAACAAUAGAGUCAUCCAUGCAGAACCUCUGCUGAGCCAAGAGAUACAGAGCUCUGAACGAAACACAGUCGAGAGCCACAGGUUACAGUCACCCUAACACACGAGAACGAGAUUUUACAGCAAAUAUGGCUGUGAAUUCAGUUUAUGAUUUCACCAUGGACACCCUGGAGGGAAAAGCCGCCCCGCUCAGCAUCUUCAGAGGAAAAGUUCUUCUCGUUGUGAACGUGGCAACCUUCUGAGGGUCCACCAUCGAAGAGUAUCACAGGAUGAAUGCACUCAUGGACAUGUACGAAGGCCGGAGCUUCUCUGUGCUUGGUUUCUCCUGCAACCAGUUUGGACUUCAGGCACCUGAGGAGAACCACGAGACGCUGAACGCUCUGCAGUACGUGAGACCAGGAGGAGGUUUCCUCCCGAAGUUCCCCAUCUUCAGCCGGAUCGAGGUGAACGGCUCUGAAGAACAUCCGCUGUACGCCUACCUGAAGGAAACUCUGCCGUUUGUGAACCCAGUCAUCGGAGACAUCAGGAAGCUCUACUGGUCUCCCAUCAAAGCCAAUGACAUCCGGUGGAACUUCGAGAAGUUUCUCAUCACCGCAGAUGGAGCUCCUUACAAAAGAUAUGAUCCUCACUGUCCGUUUGAAGAGGUAGAGCGGGACAUUGCAACACUUCUGCAGGGAAGACCUUUAUCAUAACCCAUCCGACAGCGUCUCUCUGGUUAUUCGUUCGGAUUCGACUUCUUCCUCUUUCCUUUUAGACCUCGUAGACAUGAAAGGUCUGAGAGCGAAUCUCACGAAACAUGUCAUGAACAUGCUGCAAACAUAUUUCGCUUCAAAAUCAACUGAAAAAGUAAGGAUGUAGGUGUAAUGCUGAUUUUUAUUUUAGGAUAUUACUCUGUGCUU